CUAGUUUGGACCCACAUGUCAGUUCCAACAGAGCUCCCGCAAGCAGCAGCACAACUACUCGCAGUCGUAGAAGUGGUCUUCCCUCGCAUCAUCCGCCGGCCCACCACCUCCGCCUCCGCCUCCGCCUCCGCCUCCUCCGCCCCUCCGCCGCAUCGUUCCUGCCCCAGCCCCGGCCCCGCAAACCCUAACCCUAAUGGCCGCCUACGUCGGGACCACCAGCUCCUUCCCAUACCUAGUCGCCGGUUCCUCCCCGGCGACCCGCCGCCAUGGGGCCGCACAACGGAUCCGCGCCUCGGCAUCGGGGACGACAGGGGACGCGGCGAUGGACGUGGUGUCGGAGGCGGAGCUGCGGGAGAAGGGGUUCAUGGGGAUGCGGAAGACGAAGCUGGUUUGCACGGUGGGGCCCGCCUGCGUGGAGGCGCUGCCGGCGCUGGCGCGCGGCGGGAUGGGCGUGGCGCGGGUCAACCUCUGCCACGGCGGCCGCGAGUGGCACCGGGCCGCCAUGCGCGCCGUGCGGAGGCUCAACGACGAGGAAGGGUUCUGCGUCUCGCUCAUGGUCGACACCGAGGGCUCCCAGCUUCUCGUCGCGGACCACGGAGGCGCCACCUCCGUCAAGGCCGAGGCAUUCUAGUUGGUGAUGAGCUUGUGAUAGACGGUGGAAUGGCAACAUUUGAAGUUACUGAGAAAAUUGGGAAUGAUUUGCGCUGUAAGUGCACAGACCCAGGUUUGCUUCUUCCUCGAGCCAAGUUGUCAUUCUGGAGGAAUGGAAAAUUAGUUGAAAGGAACUUUGGCCUUCCUACAUUGUCGGCAAAGGAUUGGGCAGAUAUCGAAUUUGGGAUAGCAGAAGGAGUUGAUUGCAUUGCUCUAUCUUUUGUAAAGGAUGAUAAUGAUAUAAAGCAGCUGAAGGCUUACCUCUCCAGAAGAUCAUUAGAGCACAUCAAAAUUUUUGCGAAGAUCGAGAGUCUGGAAUCUCUCAAGAACCUGAAAGACAUCAUAAAGGCAUCCGAUGGAGUUAUGGUAGCACGUGGGGAUCUUGGAGUUCAGAUUCCUCUGGAACAAAUUCCAGCCAUCCAAAAGUCAAUUGUUACUCUAUGUAGACACCUGAACAAGCCUGUGAUAGUUGCUUCACAGCUUCUUGAAUCAAUGGUUGAAUAUCCAACACCAACUCGAGCGGAGGUGGCUGAUGUUUCUGAAGCAGUGCGGCAAUAUGCAGAUGCUGUGAUGCUAUCAGCAGAGUCAGCUAUAGGUGCAUAUCCCCAGAAAGCUCUAUCUGUCCUCCGUGUGGCCAGUGAGAGGAUGGAAUCAUGGAGCCGUGAGGAGAGCAUGCAGAAACUUCUUCCACAACAUCAGCUUGCAGUCGCUCUGCCUGACCGAAUCUCAGAGCAAAUUUGCAACUGCGCUGUAGAAAUGGCAAACAACCUUGCUGUGGAUGCCAUAUUUGUUUACACGAAGAAUGGUCACAUGGCAUCACUUUUAUCACGCAACCGGCCAAACCCUCCCAUAUUUGCGUUCACUGAUGAUGCUCAUUCAAGAAAGAGCAUGAACCUCUACUGGGGAGUGGUACCGUUGUAUCUUCCAUUAUCUAAUAGCAUGGAGGAUAACUUUAAGAAAACCAUCAGCCUGAUGAAGUCAAAGGGUUCUGUGAAACCUGGAGACACGAUCUUGCUGGUCUCAGACUAUGAUCUAAACCGACCUUGUGCUGCUGCCACAUCUGUGUUCCAAUCCAUUCAGGUUCGGUUAGUGGACUAGGUUAGGCUUAGGCAUAAUGGGACGAAUAAAUGUUCCUGGAUGUUCAUGGCUUUUUACAAGUACAGGGGUUGCUGCAAAUGUAUUACAGUACCAGACUGCACAGCUUGUACAUUUGUCCAUGGAUUACGUGUAUUCUCCAAUAAGGAGCUAUUUGACUUCUAGCAUUUUAAUACAUCUGUACAUGAAAAUGAUUAUUACCUAUGUGUGUUGUAGACUCUUGUUAAAGGAUAA